AUGGAAGAGAACCGCUACUAUAUUCCGUUCUAUCGCGACGAAGACUACGAAGGAAAAGAUCCGGCUGAAGAAAAGGCAAAGGAUGCGCAGUUGAUAAUCAGCGCCCUUAAUGCCCACCGUCUUAUUCUGUUCGCGCAAUAUCAGAUCAUCAGUGAACCGAUUGACGACAGCUUGCAGGAAUCGAUCUGGAAUUUCCUAUGGCAGGCAGACGUUAUGUGCGCAGUCAAAGACCAGAUUCUUGCAGACCACAGCAACAGCCUCUUCCCGACGGAUAAAGCCGUGAGUUCCACCGCACCCUGA